AUGUCGACCAAAAACCCAGGAGUCUACAAUCUUACCCGAACGAUCCGUGCUAUCCUCAAGCGUUAUCGAAAAGAAACACCAUCAUUGAUAAUGCAUCUUUACUCUACCGGCUUUCGUCUGGGUCAACCCGACUCGACCCUUCAUGCGUAUGACGGUGAACUGAAACAUUGGAUAGAUUGCAUUCGUGAACAGAAGAUGCCCAACGAUAUAUUAGAUGUUUUGGAUGAAUCAGAUGUUAAAUUUUAUGAUGGCUGCCUUAUUGUCGAAGUUCAUGAUCAUCGAGCAAUUGAGCAAGGAGAUCAACCCCCAACAAAUGAUGAUCCAUCAGCGUCUCAAAACUCUCCUCAUCCAACCUCUUCAGCUGUUGCACAAAUUAAUAGAUCUAAGAAAGAUAAUACUAAUCGCGAUCCUCCUCAAGAUCUGCCAAACGAUCAGGUGACACUUCAUCGUCUUGUGCUUAGCCCUACUUGCGAAACUCUUUGGAAAGAUCUUCAGAUCAUGAAUGAAGCAAGGAUAUCUCACAUGGCAGGAAUCGCAAAAGAAAUAAAAGGCUCUCAAUACAAGUGGGGACCUAUGACUGAAGAGGAAGCCGUAAUUGUAGAGUCUGCAAUUUUGGAAAGGACAACUCCACCAUUGUGUUUAUCUCCUAGCAUAAUCACCACCCGCAUCGCAAACCAAUUAUUGUGUGAUACUACCCUCCAACCUUCGACUCAUCAAAAAGGUCCAAGAAAACGACCACUGAACUCUGGCGAGGAAGAAGCGAUGCGUAGGAAACGCGAUAGACAAGAGAAAUACAUGCAUAUUGCAGAUGAAAGCUAUGGACAGGCGUUCGCACCGACGUUCUCGCGGGUUGAUCUCAUCAAAAGGAUGCGAAAUACGUCUUUGCAGCUUGCUCAAGCUCAAGAAGACUCUUUGUCCGCCUCUCAACAACCCGAUCAAGCUCAUAGCCCUGCUCCUAAUUUGCCACCUAGUGGUGCUCAUCAUGAGCAGCGCAUGGCCCAUUCCACUUCUGCUGAUUCAAAGCAAGUCACCUCAGCUGAGGCAUAUCCACCACUACAAGGCACGAACGCCCUUCAACAGUCCAUCCAUCAUCCUCAACUUCCGAAUCCAGCAGCCCAGGCGGCCGCCAUGUCACCUCCCUCCAUACCUCCCCCAGUCGCUUGUGCUCCUAUCCCCACUAAGAAAACUGCUGGUGCAAAGAAGAAGGGGCUUGCAAAUAAGAACCAACUUGAGGACGGCGUAUCUGAAGCUGGUUCGCCAGCUGCUGUACUAGCCCCCACUAAGAAACUCAGCAAGAAAGCGAUCGCUAGGCUCAACAUGACGCCCGAAGAACUGGCCGCAGAUGACGAAAAGAAGAAGCAGAGGGCAGAGGCAAGACGAUUGGCAAAAGAACGUAAAUUGGCCGCUGCUGCAGCUCAGAAUCUCAAUAAUACUCAGCCUAACACUCAACAAUCCCGUCCGCUCCCGAAUUCGACUACAAAUAACAAUCAGCCAACUCAUGCAAGUGGUGUAUUACUCGCGGGUCAAGGUGGAAACAUUCCUGUACCGGUCGCCAAUGCUGGGAUUGGGCUCCCCCAGGGUCACCAAGACGGAAUUCCAGUGUUCACCAAUAACUCGAUUUCGGUGAACAACUCUAGUCACAUGCAAAACGCAUCGAUCCCCACGAUGCUGUCGAACAGUAAUACCUCCCUGUCAUCUCACAAUCACAGCAUCCCCGUCCCAUCGCUUAACACCAACAGUAUACCGGUGCCUAUGUCUAAGCCUGAUCAUAGUAUUCAUGUCCCGUGCAAUAAUAUGAUGGAUGGAGCCAAUGACUCGAAUAUGCAAAUAGACGUGAAUCACAGUAUUCCUGUCUUUUCAACAAAUCAUGAUAUCGCAGUAGGACACGUAAAUCAUGGGCGUCAGACUCAUUCUAAUGGGAUCCCAGUUCCGUCAGCGCACGAUACUUCAAUUGGGAUUCCUGUUCUUCAACCUAACAACCCAGGAGGGUGGCCAUCGAUGAACAUCGGUGGUCAUCAUAAUGUCUUUCAAGCUGGAUAUCAACAUGGUCAUCAUCCUCACAACCUCCAGCGCGAUCCUCACGCUAUAGCUGGCAAUAACAAUGGAAACGAGAUGGAUAUACAUGUUCAACAGCAACAGCAACAGCAACAGCAACAGCAACAGCAACAGCAACAGCAGCAGCAACAGCAGCAGCAGCAACAACAACCACAAUUCACUCCAAACCCAACAGGAUACAAAAACAACAUCAAUCCCUGGUAG